GCUCGACGCGAUCGAGGCGCGAUAGGGCUCGGCCCGGCGUGUGGGCUGCCUCGCUAGCAUCGAGAGCGACUGCUGCAGCCAGCGGGCAGCGAUGCGGGCGGCCGUGCUGCUGCUCGCCGCACCACUCUAUGCGAGGCCCCAUGGCGCCGACGUCGCGGCCUUCGUGAGGGACCGGCGGCGCCACCUCAACGCCACCGACGAGGACGGCGACCACAGUUUCGCGGGGACGUACCAGUGCCCGGAGGCCGGCGAAGCGUAUUCGGCAGCAUUUUUAUGUAAGAAAAGUGUAUUUCUCAAGCACCUCGUGCCGGAGACCAGAUUGCACAAGGGCGUCGGAAAUAUGGAGGGCGCGUCGAACUACAUGUUCAAAAGAAACAGAUUGUUGAAGACUGUGGACUUAUUCGACUUUUUUGUAGAACACCUGUCCUGGUACGAGCGUCGACUGUUCAAGGACGCUUCGUUACUCAGAGAUAGAUCCUUAGCUCGCAUCAAGACGCAGACCUUCCACCGCACGUCUCAAGUGAAUCCUUCGGGCACGUCAUCGGACAGAGUGGUCGUGAUCAUGCCCUAUUACGCCACAAAAGGCGGCGACAGCGGCCACUCCGCGCUCGCGAGUCGUCGCAUCUACCUGAGGAAGACGGUAGAAUCCUUGAAACCUACGUUCCCUCAUUAUACCGUGUGUGUCGCCACGAAACCGGAUUAUGAGUACGUAACUGAUCCACAAAAUGACCUGGGCUUCUACGACGUCUUGCACUACUACACUUUGCCGAAACCUUCUCGGCUAGGCUUCGCGACCGUGCACACGGCCCAGCAGGCGAUGUUGAAUAACCCAAAAUGGUCUCGGUUCGAGUACGUCUUUUACACGGAGUCGGACCAGAUCUUACACGUGCGAGAUGUCAAUCGUUUGUUACAUAUCGCGUCGUCGGAAGUGCCGAACCAUGUUCUGCCGCAUCGCAUAUCUCCAGUUCCAAGGAGAGUGGACAUGGGUCCCGAGCCGUUCGAUUGGGGCAAUGGAAGAGUACUAGGUGUGGCGGCGGGCACGAAGGCCAUGCAGGAAUUUGGGAGAAACGCGCCGAAAAAAGUGCACCGCAUCACAGAUGUAACAAAGGCGUCGUGCUGUUUUGAUAGGAGUCAGUGCGUGAAGCACCGGUCGCACUGGAAGCACGGGGGGCAUUCCAGCGUGGAGUUGUUUCAGAUCGCGGAUCCUACGUCUGGAAAGGAGGAGACGGUCCGCGACUCCUUCGCGCUCGUCGCCGGCGAGGGGAACUUCCUGCGGCAGCAGUUCCGCCUCUGUAAGACGCAUCCCGACCGGCGGAGUAUGUGCAGGGGCGACGACGCGCCGCCGGGGCCGCACCCCGUCGAUCCGAAUGCGUAAGUUGGGUGUUGUGUCG